GGCGCCGCCAGGUGGCUCUGCGGCACACAAACAAAGACUGUCAACAGGGGAAGGCCAGCCGACUUUCCCCCUUUUCUGUCAUUAUUUUAGCCUCUGCUGCCGUGCUGGGCCCUGGAGAAUACUAGAAUAUGGACGGUCAUGUUAACAUUGACCGAGAUGACAAGCUGGGGAUAGUGGAAGACGCUGGGAGCAAGGGGCGGAAGAGGAAAAGAAGAUCGCAGAGUCAGGAGGAUGCGGGGGCACAGCAGAAUGAUGGCAGCCCCUCAGAAGAUCAGGAGGCACCUCGGCCCAAUAGCAACCCCCCUGAGGGAGUGGUGCGUCGCCACCCAAGGGCAGCAGAAGGCAACGGGCAGCCAGAACCCACCAGAAGGGACGGACCAACACCAGCCUCUGCCAGACCCAACCCACAGGACCCCAGAAGACCACAAGUUCUACCAGGGGAGUGGGAGGAGGGUGAGGAGGAGGAGGAGGAACUGAAGUAUGGGGCACAGCAUGUCAUCAAACUAUUCAUCCCAGUCUCCUUGUGCAUGCUGGUGGUGGUAGCAACAGUCUCCUCUGUCACCUUCUACACAGAGAAGGGCACUUACCUGCUGUACACACCCUUCCACGAGGAAUCCCAGAGCUUUGGGGACAAGGUGUAUGAUGCAGUAAGGAAUGCCUUGAUCCUCCUGGUAGUGGUCAUUGUCCUUACCAUCGUCCUCAUUAUCCUCUACAAGAAACGUUGCUACAAGAUCAUUCAUGGCUGGCUCUUGAUGUCCUCACUCCUGCUGCUCUUCAUCUUCACCAUCCUCUAUAUGAUGGAGCUCUUGAGAGGCUACAAUUUGGGGAUGGACUGGAUCACCAUGUCCAUCUGUGUGUGGAACUUUGGUGUGGUGGGCAUGGUGAGCAUCCACUGGUAUGGCCCCUUGCGGCUCCAGCAGGCAUACCUCAUCUUCAUAGCCUCCCUCAUGUCCCUCAUGUUCAUCAAGUAUCUUCCUGAUUACACUCUCUGGAUGGUCCUGGCUGUCAUCUCUAUCUGGGACUUGGUGGCUGUGUUGUGUCCUAAGGGCCCAUUGAGGAUCCUAGUUGAGACAGCCCAGGAGAGGAAUGAACCCAUCUUCCCAGCUCUCAUCUACUCAUCCAAUAUCAUGUACAGCACCCUUGGUAUGGCCGACUCGGAUGAAACCAGAAAUUCUUCAAGGCCUCGGGGAACAGAAAGACAACAGCAACAACAGGCAGAGCAAGAGAACCAGGGGGAGGAGCAGCAAGCAGGAAGGGGACCACAGGAUGAAGAGGCAGUGAGAAGAAGGACAGCAGAGAAUGGCUAUGCUGGGACAGACAGGGAUGCAGGGUUCACAGACGACUGGGCCCAGCAACGAGACCAAAGAGUUAUGAGGCGUCGGGAUCAGAUGGCUAACCACAUGCAGCAGAACCCAGCCAAUGUUGACAACCCUCAACAUCACGCCCGCGACCUCACAGCUGAAGACGAGGAAGAGGAAAGGGGAGUCAAGCUGGGUCUUGGGGAUUUCAUCUUCUACUCCGUGCUAGUGGGGAAAGUCUCUGCGUAUGGUAACUGGAACACCACCAUUGCCUGCUUCAUUGCCAUCCUCAUUGGCCUGUGUCUCACCUUGAUUAUGCUGGCAAUCUUCAAGAAGGCCCUGCCAGCCCUCCCCAUCUCCAUCACCUUUGGCCUUAUCUUCUACUUCUCGACGCAUCUCCUGGUUGUCCCCUUUACUGAACGUCUGGCCAGUGAACAGUUUUAUAUAUAGUACAUGCCACACCCUUAAUACAGUUCUAUGUAGGUACCUAGUCUCUAACAGCUUGGUCUGUGCAUGACUUGCUGCUGCUGAUGUCUGCUGGAGUGAAUGGUGUGUGCAUCUGUUAGGUGUGUGUGUGUGUGUGUGUGUGUGUGUGUUUGUUUUUGUGCACAUUCCCAGUGUUGGCUCAAGAGAGUUUUAUUUCUUUGGAAAGUUGUGUAUUUGUGCUUGAUGAAAUAAUUCACUGUUGGUCUACAGAAACUUGGUGAAGGAGCAAUUCAUAUUGGACUUGUAAAAUUAGUUUGACUGACAGACAGACAGACAGAUGCAUGACAGUUAUAAAGCUGAUUUUCACAACUUUUGGUUGUGACUGAUUUACUGAAACUGCAAACAUUACAGACAUCUUUAAUAGAUGGUGUAAAGCUUGUAAUAUUUGCACGUUCUUGUUACUCACAGCUAAUGACUGGCUUACUUAAAGGUGCACAUAGACUGUAAACCCUCUGUGUAAGGCCACGAUGCGGGUUGUGUAGUUACCACGCGAGGUUGUAUGGAUGGUGUAGAAUUAUUCAUAUAUUUGUUAGGUACCAGCCAAGGGUUGCCAAAGUGAGUCAUCAGAUAUCAAACCAAGCUUAUUUUGUAUCUAUUGCUGAAGGCUUUUUUGAAUUAUGGGAAGAGAACUGUUCACUUGUACCAUAGAUGUGUGUUGAAUAUUUAAUUUAUAGUUUAAGAUAUUACCGUUACCUUGACAUGCUCAUGAAGCAUUAACUAUUUUCACAAUGAUUUAGAUUCCAUGUCCAUUGGUUAUCAUGUACAUGUAUUACAAUAAUGGUUCUGGAUUUAUACAUGACAUUGUUGAAAUAAAGCAGAUAUGAAAGUACUUAAUAUGCUGAGUGUGUCAGUGAAUGUGAAGUAAAUGAAGAAUGAAUUUGUUGGAUAUGGAAUUGAAUGAAAUUUUUUAGAUUACUGAUGGUAGAGAGGGCAUUUUGCAUGCAGGAAAAAAGUGUGUGUGUGUGUGUGUGUGUGUGUGUGUGUGUGUGUGUGUGUGUGUGUGUGUGUGUGUGUGUGUGUGUGUGUGUGUGUGUUCUUACCUACUCAUUUUUUCUUUGUAUUUUUUGUAAUUGGUUAAAGCUUGCAGUAUUCCAAAUCACUUUUCUCAUACAAUAAAUUGAAAUUUGUUUAUACAUUUGACACAAGAUUUUAUUUGGUAAAGCAUUCCAUUUAUCAACUGCCAACUUUGGAGAAUGAUUUAAAUGCCUUGCAUGAAAACUGAAUUGCCUUGUAUCUUUGUCUCCUCUCUUUCUGUUGUCUCUUACUCUGCCCUCUUGAUGUUAGCUUCCUAAAGUUUCUUUAAUAAGGGGUUAAUUUAUUUUUUUGUAAAUCUUUCUUUCUCCUAUCCUAAGCUUACCCUAAUCUUUGAUAAUUCUUAAUCCAUUUAAGCUUCCAGUCUCAGCAAGUUUCUUCUAGGUCUGUCUAUCCAUAAGACCAGUAGAGUCAUUUCCACUUGAUUCAUCAUGACAAGCCAUCUCACAUGCAGUGUUGUUUACCCAGCUGCCUUCAUCAGCACCUUUUGGAUGCCACGUGAAUACCACACUUACAAACUAUGGUGGGGCUUUAUACUAUGUUUUUGUUAAUAGAUAUAUACAUUGGAAAGCUUUGCUUGACCAAUGCUGCUGAAUACUUAAGGGUAUUGGGGAACAUGGGAGAUGUGUUAAUGGCUCAAGUGGUGUAUUUGUCAGAGGAGGGCGCGGUACUGAAAAAUCAGUAGUGUGGUUGCGAUAGUGCGGUACUUUUUCCGGAGUAGUGCAAUUGUGGUAGUGCGGUCCCAUUUUUUUCUUUCCCAGUGCGGUACGUGGUGUGCAGUACUGCGGUAGCAAUAGUCAAAAUAAAAAAUACUUCACUGCCUAUCCUGGCUAUCCAAACAAAGGAAACAUGCUUAAAAUAGUACAAUGAAAAAUCGACCGGCACCACGGACGGGUCUGGGGUUAAAAUGGCCGGCACCGUGCGGGUUAAAGAAGACUCGCUGUGUAGUAGUUUAGUCUGUCUAUUUAGUAUUUAAUUUUUAACAAUAACUGAAAAGUCAGAAUGAUUGAAUCACUGAUUCUGAUGACUGAUACCGAUUGACUCAUUGAGUCCGAUUUAUUGUAAAAAAACAAAACAAAAAACAUUUCUGUGAGCAUGCCACGCUGCAAAUGUCGUCUUUGAUAGUUUUUAAAGUACCGCAGGAUUUUUUAGUGCGGUCCACGGUAGUGUGGUAUUUUCAGAAAUUUUGCGGUAGUGCAGUACUUUUUUUGUGAUGCGGUACUACCGCACUAAGUACCGCACUUGCCCACCUCUGGUAUUUGUAUAAUGAAGAUGUGUUUGUUUUCACUGUAUGCAUCUCAUGUGUUGGGGGGCUCCACUCACACAGCUCUUCUGGACAGAGUGGAGGCUAAGGCUCUUCGUCUCAUCAGCUCUCCUCCUCAUACUGAUAGUCUUCUACCUCUUAAAUUCCGCCGCAGUGUUGCCUCUCUUUCUAUCUUCUAUCGAUAUUUCCACGCUGACUGCUCUUCUGAACUUGCUAACUGCAUGCCUCCCCCCCUCCCGCUGCACUCGACUUUCUACUCAUGCUCAUCCCUAUACUGUCCAAACCCCUUAUGCAAGAGUUAACCAGCAUCUUCACUCUUUCAUCCCUCACGCUGGUAAACUCUGGAACAAUCUUCCUUCAUCUGUAUUUCCUCCUGCCUACGACUUGAACUCUUUCAAGAGGAGGGUAUCAGGACACCUCUCCUCCCGUAUUUGAUCUUACUUUCGGCCACCUCUUUUGUUUCUUUUUUAGGAGCAGCGAGUAGCGGGCUUUUUUUUAUUAUUGUUUUCUUUUUUUGUGUGCCCUUGAGCUGCCUCCUUUGUUGUAAAAAAAAAAAAAAAAGUUUAUACAUACCCUUGUUAUUACUGUUUUCUUUAUUAAUUAUGACAUUAGUUGUAGUUUCUCUUAUAAAAGUAGGAGUAAAUGUUCAGUUGGCCUACUUUAUACACGACCUGAGUGGGAAGAAGCUUUAAAUGAUCUUACUUGAUACAUAUUUGCUUCUUUGUUCUAUUAUUUACAUUUGAAAAUUAAAAGUAAAAUGAUUUUGGAGUCAAGGGAAACUGAACAUCAGUAUUAGUAGUGCUGGUAGUAGUAGUAGUAGUAAUUAUCAUUUUAAUGGCAGCACCACUUAUAGAAAUAGUAACAGCAGAAGUCUCCGUACUGACUGACUUCAUUCUUGCUGCUGGUGGGAGUUUGUGGUAGUGCAGUGAAUACAAAUGAAAGCUGCACCUCCUAUGGGUUACCCUGCACCCACACUCACAGCCUUAACCUGUUUGAGCUCCUUCACGCACUUGUGUAUGCCCAUCAGGUGACCUCAAGGCCUCCUGCUUCUCAUGUUGUUUUUGUUAUCUUUUUUUUUUCUUGUCACUUGUUUCUUCCCAGUGUUUCAUUUUUGCCAUUGCUAAUGCUGUUGGUGUUAGUGUUGUUAUUCUUCUUUCUCUUUCUAUUGCUACUGCUGUUAUGAAUCCUCUUGCUCCUCCUCCUCCUCCUCCUCCUCCUGCUGGUGUUGUUGUUGCAAUCAAUUUCUUUAUUCAUUGUCAUUUUAUUUCUGUUUAUAUUCUGACUCCUGUUGCUGAUGAUUCCUGUGUGUGUGUGUGUGUGUGCUUCAGAGUAUGGCUGCAGGUGGAGAUAUGUAUGUGCUUUAUGUUUUGCCUUCACAAAGUUUGUACCAUGUCUGUACGCAAGAUAAGCUUUAAAAAUGUAAACAAAUAUCCAAAAGGCCAAUUUACAUGUUUUCCUUUGUAUCUCAUACCCUCUAUAGUCAACCAAUGUCAUUAAGUACCAUAUGGAAUAUUACCAAUGGGUAGAUUGGUCACAGUUAUAAAUCAUAGUCACUAUCUGAUUAGAUCUAUAAUGUGGUCUUGUUACCAAGUAUUUUAUCAUGAAAUUCUCAUCAACCAUUAACCCUUUCUGUUCGUGACGCAGACGUCGGCGUCACAGUAUGGAAAGGGUCAAGAGGAAAUGGAAGAGGAUUAAUCCUCUUCUAAACCUUUCAAUCCUCCUCUAAAUUCCUCUUAAUCCUCUUCCAUUUCCUCUUAACAGGUUUAGAAGAGGAUUAAGAGGUUUAGAAGAGGACUAGCGGUGACGCCGUCGGACACCCGUCGGACGCUGACGACGGCGUCGCCGGAGUGAAGGGGUUAAGAGCUAUAGGUAUGAACUCAGAUAAACAAGAAUCUAAAUUUAGCGACAAGUUGAAAAAUAACGAUGAAUACGCACAGAAUAUAAUAUUGAGUAUCAGGUAAUUAUCUCUAAUAAUUUCAUAUUUUUUACAUUAGCCUUACUGUUACCAUGUCAUCACAUGUACGUAUUGGUAAUAAAAGAAAAGAAAAAUAUUUCAGUGAUUUGACUAGUGAGUGAUGGGCAGUAACUAUCAAGCAUGUAACAGUGUUGAAGUGAAGACUGUUGCCACAAGCUAUAGCACUGCCUUCAAUCAGCCAUCCAAGUGCUGGCUGCCUCAGCCAUCAACAAUACUUGUUCUAACUCUCACUACUUCAUCAUAAUACACGAACACUAUACCAAUACUUCUUGCUAACUAAUACAUACAGGAAUGUGUACAAAUCCAACUUAAAACAUAUAUAUCUAAUAAAGCAAUGUAUCGGGAAAAGUUCAUUACACUAAUGUCGACUAGCAUCACUUGCGCUAAUGUCACUGAAAAUUGAAGUCAACUAGUUGGCAACUACUUGCCUUAGUGUAUGCUUAUUAUGAUGGUUUGUUAGAAGUUGCAAUAAUGCAAGAAAUUCUUUAGUUUAAAAAAAAUUGUUUAUGGAGAUUAUGAUUAAUCUCUGCUACAGUAUGUACCAUAAUAAUGGCAUGACAUAGUGAAAUAUGUUAAGAAUUGGUCAUGUCAUAUCAAAUAUACACCCUUAGCCUCUAUGCAGUGAUAGCCUGUUUGCUGUUGCCGUUACUGCACAGCAUGUACUGGCAUGGACAGGUGUUUGUCCUGGUGACAGUAAAGGUGAGCCACUGUGCUUCUCUUUUCACAUGUUGAAAAAUAUGAUUUACUGGCAGCACUGUUGAUCAUGGGUGGGGCAUGAGCCUGUGGAUGAAGGACACAAUGGCAAUACUCCAUCACUGAAUGGCUGCCUCCCAGGUUGUUUCUCAGAAUGUUACACGAGUGUGUCAUACUUUCAAUAAACUACAAAGGUUAUUUUCAUGUGUUGCUUUUUAUAUAGAUCUUUUUCAUAUCAAGUAGCCAUUACUUAUGAAGUUCUGUGUACCCAGUUUUGCACUGAGUCAUUGUUUGAGCUUAAACUCAGCAUUUUGUCUCAUACAGAAGGCUACUUAAUUCAGCCGCGCCUUGAGGUCCCCAUCCCUGAACCUUAUUAUAUCAUGUCCAUGCUUUGCCAUUUUUACUUGAGAGCUCCAAGAUUACCAUUGUUAUUUUGUCCUUGCUGCCUGCACUGAGAGGGAAGGAGAGGCACUGUUAAUUUUUCAUAUAGUAUAGCUCAACAUUCCAACCUGUGUAAUACUUUUGUAUCAAGGAGAGUGACAGUCGAAUGUGUGAUUUCAUAAUACAAUAUUGUGUAGAACCUGAUUUAAUGUGUGAAGUUUAAUAAUAAUAGUAAUAAUAAUCAUUUUAAUAAACAUGAAAAAAUAGCAAUUUCUACUGCAUUAUUACAUUCUACGGGUGAAGAGAAAAUUAUGUUGAUGACAAGUUCGUUGGAAGAAGGCAAGAAGCGUGGUGUGUAUUGAAUGCAAAUGCUCAUCCAUCUUGUGCUACGUAGCCUAUUACAUAAUCUUGCUCAUCUUUAACCAUAUCAGUUGAAUAUUCUAAGGGGGGAAAAACUUCAUUGUAUGAUACAUUUAUUUAUAAAAGAGAAUUUCAUACAGCUGUCAUUCAGAUUAUACAUCCAGUAUUCAAAUGUA